AUGCACAUCAAGAAGAAGAAAGGCUAUCUCAUCCUGAAGAAUUAUGAGCUUUUGGGCGCAGCUGCUGAGAUCCCAGGGGGGUUCCUUCGCCUGGUGGGUGGCCCCGGCCGAUGUGCCGGGCGGGUGGAGGUACUCCACAAUGGGACGUGGGGGACAGUGUGCGACGAUGGCUGGGGUUCCCCUGAGGGCCGGGUCGUGUGCCGGCAGCUGGGCUGUGGGACAGUGCUGUCAGUGGCACCAGGAGCUCGGUACGGAGAAGGGACAGGACAGAUCUGGUUGGAUGAGGUCAACUGCACCGGAGAGGAAAGGGACCUGUCUGAAUGCCGAGCCAGGCCAUGGGGGGAACACAACUGUUACCACGUAGAGGACGCCAGCGUUGAGUGCUCAGGUAACUCCAGCAUCACCUCCCUGGGCACCCUCCAGCUGCUCAAUGGCCCCAACCGCUGCGCCGGGAGGGUGGAGGUGCUUCACAAUCACAUGUGGGGGACGGUCUGCGAUGACGGCUGGGACCUGGCAGAUGCGGCGGUGAGAAGUGACCUGAAAUCUUCCUUCAUUAACUUGCACAACUCAGGGAGAGAGGCAGACCUCAGGAGGAGUGUUCCAGGUGCUGCCAACUCUGCCCCCAUCAGACUUGUGAGCGGCCCCAGCCGCUGCGCGGGGCGGCUUGAGGUGCUUUGGAAAGAGCAGUGGGGAACCGUGUGUGACGAUAGCUGGGAUCUGUCCGACGCCAUGGUCGUAUGCAGGCAGUUGGACUGUGGGGAAGCACUGUCAGCCCCUGGCUCAGCUCACUUUGGCCAAGGAAUGGGUCGUAUCUGGCUGGAUGACAUGAACUGCACCGGUACGGAAGCUGACCUUUCUGCCUGCUGGACCAGACCCUGGGGAGAGCAUAACUGCAAUCAUGGAGAAGACGCAGGCGUUGUGUGCUCAGGUAACUCAUACAUUAAAACGGUUAAACUGCGAUUAGUGAAUGGCUCAAAUCACUGUGCUGGGAGAGUGGAGGUGCUUUACAACCAGCAAUGGGGAACUGUCUGUGAUGACGACUGGGAUAUAAUUGAUGCUGAAGUUGUAUGCCGUCAGCUGGGCUGUGGGACCGCUCUAUCUGCUCCGUCCUCAGCUUACUUUGGGGGAGGGCCUGACCCCAUUUGGCUUGAUGAUGUGACCUGCAAAGGAACUGAAGCUGUCCUUUCUGAAUGCAGUGCAAAACCUUGGGGAAGCCAUAACUGUGUGCAUGGAGAAGAUGCUAGUGUUGUGUGCUCAGGUGUCCCAGAACGAGCCCCGAUCCGACUGGUGAACGGUUCGAGCAGCUGCUCCGGGAGAGUCGAGGUGUUUCAUGAGCAGCAGUGGGGAACCGUCUGUGACGACAGCUGGGAUUUGACAGACGCUCAAGUGGUGUGCAGGCAGCUGGGCUGUGGGCCAGCGGUCUCGGCGCCCGGCUCUGCUUGGUUUGGACGAGGAACGGGCCAAAUUUGGCUGGAUGACGUGAACUGCACAGGGGCUGAAACCAUCCUCAGCGAGUGUCGGGCCAGGCCUUGGGGGCAGCAGAACUGUAACCACGGAGAGGAUGCUGGUGUGGUGUGCUCAGGGUCCCACAACUGCAAGCAUGGAGAAAAUGCAGGUGUGGUGCGCUCAGGUGUCCCAGAACGAGCCCCGAUCCGACUGGUGAACGGUUCGAGCAGCUGCUCCGGGAGAGUCGAGGUGUUUCAUGAGCAGCAGUGGGGAACCGUCUGUGACGACAGCUGGGAUUUGACAGACGCUCAAGUGGUGUGCAGGCAGCUGGGCUGUGGGCCAGCGGUCUCGGCGCCCGGCUCUGCUUGGUUUGGACGAGGAACGGGCCAAAUUUGGCUGGAUGACGUGAACUGCACAGGGGCUGAAACCAUCCUCAGCGAGUGUCGGGCCAGGCCUUGGGGGCAGCAGAACUGUAACCACGGAGAGGAUGCUGGUGUGGUGUGCUCAGGUACCACCAAUGCGUGUCACGAAACGUGGGGGUACGACGGACGGCCUGUAUUUUGCAAUGAAGCUGCCCUCUCUGCGUGUAGGGCCCGGACUUGAGGGUCCCACAACUGCAAGCAUGGAGAAAAUGCAGGUGUGGUGCGCUCAGGUGUCCCAGAACGAGCCCCGAUCCGACUGGUGAACGGUUCGAGCAGCUGCUCCGGGAGAGUCGAGGUGUUUCAUGAGCAGCAGUGGGGAACCGUCUGUGACGACAGCUGGGAUUUGACAGACGCUCAAGUGGUGUGCAGGCAGCUGGGCUGUGGGCCAGCGGUCUCGGCGCCCGGCUCUGCUUGGUUUGGACGAGGAACGGGCCAAAUUUGGCUGGAUGACGUGAACUGCACAGGGGCUGAAACCAUCCUCAGCGAGUGUCGGGCCAGGCCUUGGGGGCAGCAGAACUGUAACCACGGAGAGGAUGCUGGUGUGGUGUGCUCAGGUGUCCCAGAACGAGCCCCGAUCCGACUGGUGAACGGUUCGAGCAGCUGCUCCGGGAGAGUCGAGGUGUUUCAUGAGCAGCAGUGGGGAACCGUCUGUGACGACAGCUGGGAUUUGACAGACGCUCAAGUGGUGUGCAGGCAGCUGGGCUGUGGGCCAGCGGUCUCGGCGCCCGGCUCUGCUUGGUUUGGACGAGGAACGGGCCAAAUUUGGCUGGAUGACGUGAACUGCACAGGGGCUGAAACCAUCCUCAGCGAGUGUCGGGCCAGGCCUUGGGGGCAGCAGAACUGUAACCACGGAGAGGAUGCUGGUGUGGUGUGCUCAGGUGUCCCAGAACGAGCCCCGAUCCGACUGGUGAACGGUUCGAGCAGCUGCUCCGGGAGAGUCGAGGUGUUUCAUGAGCAGCAGUGGGGAACCGUCUGUGACGACAGCUGGGAUUUGACAGACGCUCAAGUGGUGUGCAGGCAGCUGGGCUGUGGGCCAGCGGUCUCGGCGCCCGGCUCUGCUUGGUUUGGACGAGGAACGGGCCAAAUUUGGCUGGAUGACGUGAACUGCACAGGGGCUGAAACCAUCCUCAGCGAGUGUCGGGCCAGGCCUUGGGGGCAGCAGAACUGUAACCACGGAGAGGAUGCUGGUGUGGUGUGCUCAGGUUGUGAAUGCUCCAAAUCUUUGUGCCAGGUGAUUCGAGGUGUUUCAUGA